CAUGAUGAAUUGGAUGGCUGCAGACCGGAGGCAAACAAAAUAAUUGUCUCAUUUUCGUGGUGAUUUGCUUAACUGGUGGGACCAUGCCAGAACGGCUAGCGGAAAUGCUCUUGGAUCUCUGGACUCCAUUAAUAAUAUUAUGGAUUGCUCUCCCCCCUUGCAUUUACAUGGCUCCAAUGAAUCAGUCUCACGUUUUAAUGAGUGGAUCCCCUUUGGAACUAAACAGGCUGAGUGAAGAACAGCGGAUUUUGAACCGCUCCAAAAGAGGCUGGGUUUGGAAUCAAAUGUUUGUCCUGGAAGAGUUUUCUGGACCUGAACCGAUUCUUGUUGGCCGGCUACACACAGACCUGGAUCCUGGAAGCAAAAAAAUCAAGUAUAUCCUCUCAGGUGAUGGAGCUGGGACAAUCUUUCAAAUAAAUGAUGUUACUGGAGAUAUCCAUGCCAUAAAGAGACUUGACCGAGAGGAAAAGGCUGAGUACACCCUAACAGCUCAGGCAGUGGACUGGGAGACGAACAAACCUCUUGAGCCUCCUUCUGAAUUUAUUAUUAAAGUUCAAGACAUCAACGACAAUGCACCUGAGUUUCUUAAUGGACCCUAUCAUGCUACCGUGCCAGAAAUGUCCAUUCUGGGUACGUCUGUCACUAAUGUAACAGCUACGGAUGCUGAUGACCCAGUUUAUGGAAACAGUGCAAAGCUGGUUUAUAGUAUCUUGGAAGGGCAGCCUUAUUUCUCCAUUGAGCCUGAAACAGCUAUUAUAAAAACUGCUCUUCCCAACAUGGACAGAGAAGCCAAGGAGGAGUACCUGGUUGUUAUUCAAGCCAAAGAUAUGGGUGGACACUCUGGUGGCCUGUCCGGGACCACGACGCUCACAGUAACCCUUACUGAUGUUAAUGACAAUCCUCCAAAAUUUGCACAGAGUCUGUAUCACUUCUCAGUACCAGAAGAUGUGGUUCUUGGCACGGCAAUAGGAAGGGUCAAGGCCAAUGACCAGGAUGUUGGUGAAAAUGCACAGUCCUCUUAUGACAUCAUUGACGGAGAUGGAACAGCACUCUUUGAAAUCACCUCCGACGCCCAGGCCCAGGAUGGCAUCAUACGACUAAGAAAGCCUCUGGACUUUGAGACCAAGAAAUCCUAUACUUUGAAGGUGGAGGCAGCCAAUGUCCAUAUUGACCCACGUUUCAGCAGCAGGGGACCCUUUAAAGAUACGGCUACGGUUAAAAUUGUCGUGGAGGAUGCCGAUGAGCCUCCUGUCUUCUCUUCGCCAACGUACCUCCUGGAAGUUCAUGAAAAUGCUGCUCUGAACUCCGUGAUUGGACAAGUGACUGCUCGUGACCCUGAUGUCACAUCCAGUCCUAUAAGGUUUUCCAUCGACCGUCACACUGACCUGGAGAGACAGUUCAACAUUAAUGCAGAUGAUGGGAAGAUCACUCUGGCAACACCACUUGACAGAGAAUUAAGUGUGUGGCAUAACAUAACAAUCAUUGCAACUGAAAUUAGGAACCACAGUCAGAUAUCACGAGUACCUGUUGCUAUUAAAGUGCUGGAUGUCAAUGACAACGCCCCUGAAUUCGCAUCCGAAUAUGAGGCAUUUUUAUGUGAAAAUGGAAAACCCGGCCAAGUCAUUCAAACAGUGAGUGCCAUGGACAAAGAUGAUCCCAAAAAUGGACAUUAUUUCUUAUACAGUCUCCUGCCAGAGAUGGUCAACAAUCCAAAUUUUACCAUCAAGAAAAAUGAAGAUAAUUCCCUCAGCAUUUUGGCAAAGCAUAAUGGAUUCAACCGCCAGAAGCAAGAAGUCUAUCUUUUACCAAUCAUAAUCAGUGACAGUGGAAAUCCUCCACUGAGCAGCACCAGUACCCUGACUAUCCGGGUCUGUGGCUGCAGCAAUGAUGGUGUUGUCCAGUCUUGUAACGUUGAAGCGUAUGUCCUUCCCAUUGGACUCAGUAUGGGCGCCUUAAUUGCCAUAUUAGCAUGCAUCAUUUUGUUGCUAGUCAUUGUGGUGCUGUUUGUAACUCUGCGGCGACAUAAAAAUGAGCCAUUGAUUAUCAAAGAUGAUGAAGACGUUCGAGAAAACAUCAUUCGCUAUGACGACGAAGGAGGAGGGGAGGAGGACACAGAGGCUUUUGACAUUGCAACUUUACAAAACCCAGAUGGAAUUAAUGGAUUUUUACCCCGUAAGGAUAUUAAACCAGAUUUGCAGUUCAUGCCAAGAUUACAGAAGAGGGUUACUAGGAGGAAUAACACAGGAUGUUGCUGAAGACAAAGACUGCGGAAACAGUGACAUCAAUGAACUCAGAGGCCAGAACUACAAAAGGAAAUGAGAAGUCACAAAAGGCAAAUUUUAAUUCCUUCAGAUUUCUUCUGUAUGUGCCAGGGUAUGGAGGGCCAUUCUGACUCCACAUAAACAUGAGGAAGAUUUUAACAACAUUGUCUAAGAUUAAACAUGCGAUUUACAAAUCAUUGAUUGAGAUGACUUCUCCUUUCUAAUGAAUGCUUUCCUUUGGCUUUGACUUUCUUUGAUGAUUUUCUAGGUUUUCUUUAAUUAAACCUCUAGAUUUGGAGAGCUAUUACCUAUUUGUUAAGUUUGUAGAAUAUAGAAGUGGAUGGUGUAGGCUCAAUGUUGGGGCUAUAAAUAACAGUAUUGCAAAUAAACUUUAAAAUGUACCCCCUACCAAAACAUGUAUUUUCUGCAAUGUAUGUUUGAGAUACUGUGCUUGUGACAGGUGAAAGGUAUACUCACCAUUCUUCUCUUGCUUCUCAAAGACAUGGGUAAUAAUUGGAUAAAUUAUAGAGUUAAGUAAAGGACAAACCAUUAGACUUGGCUGUCAUAUGAAAGUGGGGAGCAGACAGGGAUUUGAAAUCACAGAGAAAAAAUGUCAAAGCUUACUAAGGCACAAUACCAUGCUAAGGCAUUGCUGGAAAGAGUCUCGGAGAGAGCAGACUGUCAGACCAUGAAGACUAGAGGGUAAGGCCAGGCUAGAUUGCAGAUAUCUAAAAAUGAACAGAGAUGCCAAAGUGGGAAAUUUCUCAAUGAAAUUCAAUGUCAAUAUCUAAAAUCCUCCAUGUAACAAAACUCCCCAAUGCUUAUUUGUUUAACAACUAUGUACUGAGGAUAUUCCACUAAUCUAGAUGUUGAGAAUAAAGCAGUGAAUAGGAUAGGAAAGGCUAUCUCCCUUCAAAGCUUUGGUAGUAUGAGAAAAAAAAAUAGAUGAGUAAAUUUAAGAAAAAAGAAUUGACAUGAUGGAACUUAAUAUACAUGCCUAAGAAACUAAAUGUUUUGCAUAUCAUAGAGAUAUUUCAGUUGCUAGUUUUUACGCUAAUAGCAAACAACAGCAAAAACUAUGUAAAAGUUUGUUUUAGUUGUUCUCCUGUACUAAACCAGUGGCAUACACAAUAAAUGAGAAUGAGGUCUAUUCUGUAGUAGAUGAGGGAGAAAGCACACAAUAAGACUCCGAGAGCUGAGCAGAGAGUGUAUUAUACAGGUCGUGGUCUACCAGGAUUAGAAGCUCAGAUUCACUUUAUGCGAAAGAGGAAGCAAUUGAAAGGGACUAAAAUUGAGGGAAUGACAUGGUCUGACUUGUAGUUUUGAAAUGAUCAUUCUCAUUCUUGUAUGGAAAUAAUAUUGUCGGACCCCAGAAUUAAAGCAGAGGCCCAGAGAGAAGUUUGUUUCUUUAGCCCAAGGAAGAAAUUAUCUUGCCUUUCACUCUUUCAGUGGUAAUAGAGAUGGAAGAAAUAGAAUCCUGAUAUAUAUCGGAUAUAAAAUUGGAAUCAAUGGAGGAUGCAUUCAAUAAGCCGAAAGAAGGAAAGACGAAAUUUAAACAUGACUCCUAAAGGUUUUUACUUGAACAACUAUGUGAUUAAUAGAUCCAUUUUCAAAGAUUGUGAAGACAGACUGAAUUUGGAUACCAAAAGCUUGCAUCUGACUUCUCUAAUGAUCCACAGUAGAAAAAGAUAGCAGAAACCACAGUCCUGUAGAAACUCCUACAUGGAGUACGUAAAAGACUGUGUUAGGAUUUCCCAGAGAAGCAGAACCAAAUGUAUGUACAAUGUGUGUAUGUCUCUCUGGGUGUGUGCAUGCCUGUGUAUUUAGGUGUGUGUGUAUGUAUAAAAUAGAUAUCCUAUUUUAGAUAUAUGCAUAUAUGAGAAUAUUCUCUUACAUGUGUAUCCCAUUUUGUGUGUAUACAUACAUGUAUAUUAAAGAGAGGAAGAGAGACAGAGAUGGAUAAGUAGAUAUUGAUUUAGUAUAAGGGUAUUUGUAUAUUAGUAUAUUAGAUAAUGAGAUGGGUAGUGAUCUGCUAUCUGCAGGCUGGAUAUGCAGAAAAGCCAGUGAUGUAGUUCAGUCAGACUGACUUCCUGAGAACCAGGCAAGCUAAUGGCAGAAGUUCCUACCUGAGGGCCAGAGAACAUGAGAUAGAUAACCUGGCUCAGGAAGUAAGGCAGAAAGAAAAAGAGUCAAAUGACUCCUUCCCCAUGUUUAGGCCCUUGGUGGGGCACAUGAUGCAUACCUAGACCACAUGAUGCCCACCUAGACCAUGGGAGACAGCACACUGAAUUCACGGAUUCAAAGGUUACCAUCAUCCAGAAACACCCACACUGAUUCAUCCAGAAAUAACAUUUAAUCUAGGGACCCUGGGCACAGCUAAGUUGAUACAUAAAAUUAAUCUUCUCAGUGACCGUCCCAAGCAUGCUACUAUAUUUUGAUUUUCUGUAGGUAAAUUACUGAGCCAAUAAAGGUCACAAGACACAUCAUGAUUCAUCUUAGAGAAGAUGUAGUUAGACUGAUUAUUUUAUAUUUUCUAGUUUUCAAAAGAUGAAAAACAAAUAGAGGUUCUAUUUCAUUCAACAAGUUCAUUCUUGGCUGGGGUAUGAGGGAUUCAGUUACUGGAAAUGUUUCUUAGUGAUUAUGAAGAAAUUAUUAUGAAACAUUUAUCUAUGCUUACAAAAAUGUAAGGAAAAGCACAUGUAGUAUUAUAUAUAAAUGUGACACAUUGUCCAAGAAGCAUUCCUAAGCUAAUCCUUUCUCUUUGAAAUGAAUGCUAAUCCUAAAAGAAAAAAACAAAAACAAAAAACUUUUGGGAUUUGAGGGUUAGUUAUGUUUAAAAACUUAAAUUUACUGGAAAAAAUAUACUCAUUUUUUUGGAUUAUGUGUUAAUCCCCACUUUCUAAUAAAGUUAACCUGAAUCUCUGGAAGUUGA